AUGGACUCCAGCGAAGACGAAUUUUACAGUAUAUGCCUAAAUCUCACCAGUGAAGAAAUCGACAGCCUCGGCGGCUGCAACUACAGCGCUGAAUUUGAGAAUGGUGAACUACUGGAGAAAGUCGUUUCUAGGGUUGUGCCGAUCUUUUUCGGUUUCAUCGGGAUCGUGGGCUUGGUCGGGAACGCACUGGUUGUGCUGGUGGUCGCUGCAAAUCCUGGUAUGCGGUCGACGACCAACCUGCUCAUAAUUAAUUUGGCCGUCGCCGACUUGCUCUUUGUGACCUUCUGCGUUCCUUUUACCGCCACUGAUUAUGUGAUGCCACGUUGGCCCUUCGGCGACUGGUGGUGCAAAGUCGUCCAGUACUUCAUUGUGGUGACAGCACAUGCGUCUGUCUACACUCUGGUCCUUAUGUCGUUGGAUAGGUUCAUGGCGGUCGUACAUCCAAUCGCAUCCAUGUCGAUACGAACCGAGAAGAAUGCGUUACUAGCUAUCGCUUGCAUAUGGGUUGUCAUAUUAACCACUGCUAUACCGGUGGGGAUAUGCCACGGGGAAAGGGAGUAUUCCUAUUUUCAUAGGAACCACUCGUCGUGUGUAUUCUUAGAGGACCAUGGAUAUAGCAAAUGGGGAUUCCAGCUCUCCUUCUUUUUGUCUUCCUAUGUAGUGCCGUUGGCGUUGAUCAGCGUCCUGUAUAUGUGCAUGUUGACCAGGUUAUGGAAAAGUGCCCCUGGUGGCAGGGUAUCUGCUGAAAGCAGGAGAGGAAGGAAGAAGGUGACCAGAAUGGUCGUGGUAGUUGUUGUAGUUUUCGCCGUCUGCUGGUGCCCAAUUCAGAUAAUUCUCCUUGUGAAAGCGCUGGAUAAGUACACGAUCACAUACUUCACGGUGACCGCACAAAUCGUGUCGCACGUUCUGGCCUACAUGAACAGCUGCGUCAAUCCUGUCUUGUACGCGUUUCUGUCCGAGAAUUUUAGGGUCGCUUUUAGAAAGGUGAUGUACUGCCCUCCGCCCUAUGACGCUGGGCGGCCGCAGCCCACAAAGACCACGAGGACCGGCAACGGGAACUCCUGCCAUGACAUAGUC